UCUAGGCAGCGGCGGCCGCGUAGGGAGCAAAGGGCGCGGCGACCAUAGAGACGGCGGCUGGCGGACCCGGGGCCUCCCGCCCCCCCCCCACCCGGGACCUCCGCCUCGGCCCCCGGCGACCGGCGACGAUGAAGCCUUAUGGGGUCUACGAGCAGCUGGAGCCGCCUGAGGAGCCGCCGGCGCCCGCGCAGCCUGGCCGAUUCGCGCCCAAGCCCUCCCGCGGCGCCCUGCUCUCCGCCGUCCUCGUCACCCUCAUCUUCCUCUUCUUCAUCCACUUCUUCUACCUCUGCUCGAGCUCGGCGCUUCGGCGAGGCGGCGACGCCGACGGGCCCUGCGCCGACCCGUGCCGGAUCGUUCUGGUCGAGAGCAUCCCGGAGGGAAUGAGCUAUGAGGGAGCCGGCAACCCUUCCACUUUCGACGCGUGGCUGAACCUCGUCGGCAGCGCCCGGCGCAGCCUCGACAUCGCCGCCUUCUACUGGACCAUGACCAACGAGGACACGCAGACCCAGGAGCCUUCGGCCUCGCAGGGCGAGCAGAUCCUGGAGGAGCUCCUCAAGCUGCCGGCCCGCGGCGUCUCCGUCCGGGUGGCCGUCAACAGCCCGUCCUCCAAGUUCCCCCUGAGCGAUCUGCAGGCGCUCGAGCGCAGCGGCGCCGCGGUGCGGACGGUCGACAUGCCCCGGCUCACCCGCGGGGUGCUGCACACCAAGUUUUGGAUCGUGGACGGCGCCCACCUCUACCUCGGCAGCGCCAACAUGGACUGGCGCUCCCUCACCCAGGUCAAGGAGCUGGGCACGGCCGUCUACAACUGCAGCUGCUUGGCACGGGACCUGGGCAAGGUCUUUGAAGCCUACUGGGUGCUGGGCUUGCCCAACGCCUCCAUCCCCACGCCGUGGCCGGCGAGUUUCUCCACCUCCUUCAACAUGGAGACGCCGCUGGAGCUGAACCUCAACGACACGCCGGCCGCCGUCUACUUCUCGAGCGCCCCGCCGCCCCUCUGCGCCCCGGGGCGCACCGAGGACCUCCGCGCCCUGCUCAGCGUCAUCGACGCCGCCGAGGAGUUCGUGCACGUGGCGGUGAUGAGCUACCUGCCCACCAUGGAGUUCUCCUACCCCAAGAGAUUUUGGCCGGCCAUCGAUAACCGCCUCCGGAAGGCGAUCUUCGAACGCCGGGUGAAGGUUCGCCUCCUGGUGGGCUGCUGGCCGCACUCCAAGGCGGAGAUGUUCCCCUUCCUCAAGUCCCUGGCCGCCGUCGGCGACAACCGGACGCGCUACAGCGUGGAGGUGGUGGGUACCGCGCGCCGCUUGGGGGGGGGGGGAUGCCGUGACCGCCUUGCGUCCCCCCUCCCCAGCCCCCCGGUGACGUUCCCCUCCCGGGCCCCGCUCCCGCAGAGGCUCUUCAUGGUGCCGUCGAGCGCGGCGCAAGCCCGGAUCCCCUACGCCCGGGUCAACCACAACAAAUAUAUGGUGACGGAGAAGGCGGCGUACAUCGGGACGUCCAACUGGUCCGGAGACUACUUCGUGCAGACGGCGGGCUCGGCGCUGGUGGUGAACCAGACGCAGAGCGGCGCCGGGGCCACCGUGCCGGGCCAGCUGCGGGCGGUGUUCGAGCGGGACUGGAGCUCCCCGUACAGCGCGGACAUCGGCGACGCGGGGCGCUGGGAGCGGCUCUGCGGCUCCCGCUAGGCGAGGGGGGGCAGAGCCCGGCCCCAGAGCUACGCUUCGGGCGGGUUUUUGGGGGAAAAAAACCCUUUUUUAUGUAGGCUUCGUGUUGAAAUUAAAGGUGGGCGCCGUA